UGGUUUGCUAGCGUCGUCUUCGUAUAAAUUGUUCAUUGUGAAAACUGUUCGUCGAUAAGUUUCUCCAUUUUUAUAGCGUUUUGUGUACAUAUAAUUAAGUAAAUGGGUGAUAAAAUACCAAUUUAAGUAAUUUGAGAUAUAAUUAUAAAAAAACUUAGUUUGAGAGCUUCGGGGAAAAAUCAAAGCCGCACCCGGUUCGUCAUUCACCGUCGGCCGCCAGAUUGUGCUGUAAUACCGUAAGCUGAUCGUUUCGUCGCGUCCGGCCCCUUCGAACCGAACUAUUUAGACAAAUUUUCGCCAUAACGUUUCUUUUUCGUCCUCUGCUUGAGGGCUCUAGAAUUAUCAGCACUUAGCUUGAAAGCAUAUACGGACGAGUUUUGAAAUGCCUGGAGCAGGCACUUUCAAACUUUUCAUCGGGAAUCUUGACGAGAAGACGCAGGCUACGGAACUGCGACCACUAUUUGAGAAAUACGGUACCGUUGUGGAAUGCGAUGUCGUGAAAAAUUAUGGCUUUGUUCAUAUGGAAACAGAACAGCAGGGUCGCGACGCCAUCCAAAAUUUAAACGGUUACGUGUUGAACGACAAUGCUAUUAAAGUGGAAGCGGCAAAAAGUCGGCGCGCUCCUAAUACGCCAACAACGAAAAUCUUCGUGGGAAAUUUGACGGAUAAAACGCGAGCACCCGAGGUGCGCGAAUUGUUCCAAAAGUAUGGAACCGUCGUCGAGUGCGACAUCGUUCGUAACUACGGCUUCGUUCAUUUGGAUUGCAUCGGUGACGUACAAGAUGUCAUCAAGGAGUUGAAUGGUCGCGUCGUCGACGGUCAACCACUAAAAGUGCAAGUUUCUACUAGCCGUGUGCGUCCAAAACCUGGCAUGGGUGAUCCGGAGCAGUGUUAUCGUUGCGGUCGUUCCGGCCAUUGGUCGAAAGAAUGUCCACGCUUGUACGGCGGUGAACGCGGUUUAAGUGCCGGCGGCUAUAGAGACCGAAUGUAUGGUCGUGAUCCAUAUCCUCCACCACCACCACCACCACCGUUCUUACGUGACAGGAUCAUGGAUGGCUUUAGGGACUAUGAUUAUUACGAUCGUAGAUUUGAUGAUACCCGCGACCUAUUUGAAAGGCGCUAUCAAAGCUCCAGGAUGCGGGAUUUCCCUCCUCCUCCGCUAUCUCGUCGGGAGCCAAUGCCCCUUCCCCCACCGCUAAGCGGCAGUAUAAGAGGUAGCAGUCUUUCACGAGGCUAUGAUUCUAUGUUCAGUCGUCGUUCACCACCCCCUCGAAGCAGCAAUGGACUUAGCCGCUAUGGCUAUGAGGAUUUUAGCCGAGAUUCAUUUGAUGAUAGGAUGAUUUCAUCCAGAGGAAUGCGUGGCCCAUCGCCGCCAGGUCGUCGCUAUGCACCAUACUGAGAUGAACUUUACUUUGGCCGCACGACUUAUAUGAGCGGUAGUUUAUGUGAGGAAUAAAUGAACACAGCUCACAGUCAAAUGACAAUUCAAUUAGAUGUACUUUUAUUUUUAAUCACUUAUUUAAUAUGUAUAAUAACGGAUUCCGUUGGGCUUUUCCCCCAUAAGGUUUGUUUACAUUUACUAUGUUCAUCGGUAGCGUAGAAUUUUGAAAAAUUGUAUAAAUUUACAAUCUUAAAAAACAUAAUUAUGUUAUUUCCUUAACAUAUACUCGUAAUGUUCCAUUAAGUUUCGAUGACUAAUAUUUAUAUGGACCACCUACCAAGAAGUUUAAAUUAUAAUCUAUCAGUAUAAUAAUAGAUCAAAUUCACCAAUAUUUCAUUCAUACUGAUGCAACAAUUUGUGGUUACAAAAAUAAAGACAAUGAAAUUGAAA